CUCAAAAAUGAAGAUGAUCAAUCAGAUGCAAAAAAGAAAGAAAGGAGAAAGAGGGUUAUGAUAACAAGAACAAAAUGUGAAGCUCAAAUAUUUGCAAAGAAGAAUGAAAAUGGAGAUUUUGAAAUAGAAAAGCAUGUAGUGGUACAUAAUCACCCAUUGACAAGAGAAAUAAGUAAUUAUCUCCACCGAUCGGAACGACAAAUGACAGAACCUAAAAAAGAAGCUAUUGAGGCAAUGUCAGAAUGUGGUCUAAGACCAAUGGAGUCUUAUAGGUAUAUGUCAACAGAAACUGGCGGAGACGACUGUGUAGGUCAUACGAUGAUUGAUCAUCUAAACUACUGCUACAAGUUAAAAAUGAAGCAAAUUGAUGGCAAGGAUUCACAAACACUAGUGAACAAACUGUAUGACAUACAAUCAAUAGAUCCCGAGUUCUUUUUCAGAGUAAGACUCAAUGCUGAAGGAAAAGUUGAGUGCCUAUUUUGGAGGGAUUCUAUGAUGAGAGAAGAUUACAAAAUAUAUGGAGAUGUUCUAGUUUUUUAUACUACAUUCAGAACCAAUAAGUACAAUCUCAUAUGUGCUCCAUUUGUUGGUAUCAAUAACCAUUGGAAAAACACAAUGUUUGCUUGUGCUUUCAUUGGGGAUGAAACCACAGAAUCUUUCGUUUGGGUGUUUGAAACUUUUCUGAAGGCUAUGGGAGGAAAGCACCCUAUAUCAAUUUUCACUGAUCAAGAUGCAGCUAUUGCUGCUGGAAUAGAACAGGUUUUUCCUUCUUCAAGACACAGGUUAUGCUUAUGGCACUUGAGUAAAAAUGCAAACAGUAGGUUUGGUUUAUUGAAGUCUGAUAAAAACUUCAAAAACGCAUUCUACAAGUGUUUAAGUGGGUGUAUAACACCAAAUGAUUUUGAAGAAACUUGGAAAUCUAUGAUCAACACUUUUAAGCUGGAAAAAGAUGACUGGUUCAACAGAUUGUAUGGUCUUAAAGAAAAAUGGUGUACAGCUUUAAGUAAAGAUUUUUUUUCUGCCGGUAUACUUUCUUCACAAAGAAGUGAAAGUACAAACCAUGCUGUUGGUUUUAAAGCAAAUAAAAGUACAACAUUAACAGAGUUCUAUAGUAUUUUUCAAGCUACAAUAAAUCGAUGGAGAAAAACCGAAGAAAAAGACGACUUUGACUGUACAAGGGGAAUACCAACUUCAGAGCUAAGUAUGAGUGCUAUAUUAAAACAGGCAGCAAAUGUAUACACGAUAACACUUUUUCGUGAUUUUGAAGAAGAGUUCAAGCUUUCUGUGGCAAGUAGUACAAUGUUCAAGGGAAGUGUAGGAAGAACAGUGUUUUUUGAAGUGUGGAUAGAAGGAAUAACAGGAUCAAGGCAAGAAGUUUAA